UAUAUAAAUUUGCAGUGCAAAAAAGAUGAUAUCUCUUCGCUUAUGGAGUCUCCUUCUAAUACUUAAGUGUUUUCUUCUUUUGGCUCAAACAUAUUCACAAGAUGAACGAAAGAUCUACAUUGUGUACAUGGGUGAUCUUCCCAAAGGCUUCCAAUCCACGGAAUCACUUCACAUCACUAUGCUUCGAAAUAUCACCGGCAGCAAAUUUACCCCAGAUAUUUUGCUACAUAGCUACAAGAAGAUUUUAAAUGGUUUUGUUGCAAAGCUAACAGAAGAGGAAGCAGUGAAAAUGGCAGGAUUGGACGGUGUGGUUUCUGUUUUCCCAAACAAAAGGAAUGAACUGCAGACAACAAGAUCUUGGGACUUCGUAGGUUUAUCUGAGUGUGUGAAGAGAAGAAGCGCAGAGAGUGACAUAAUUGUUGGAGUAAUAGAUACUGGAAUUUGGCCAGAAUCCGACAGUUUUAACGAUGAAGGAUUUGGUCCUCCUCCACAAAAAUGGAAGGGCUCUUGCAAUAACUUUCCGUGCAACAACAAAAUAAUUGGAGCUAAAUACUUUCGUACGAGCCAUUCAUACGGAGAAGAAGAUGACUUCAUAUCUCCAAGGGAUUCAAAUGGACAUGGCACUCACUGUGCAUCCAUUGUUGGCGGAAACCCAGUUGAGUUCGCAAGUUUCUUUGGGCUUGCGUCAGGAACAGCACGAGGAGGAGUUCCGUCAGCACGCAUUGCCGUCUACAAACCUUGUUGGUCAUCUGGUUACUGUGAUGAUGCAGACAUUCUUCAAGCAUUUGUUGAAGCCAUUGAAGAUGGUGUUGACAUCAUUUCCAUUUCAAUCGGACCUACCUACGUACAAUACAACGACUAUUUCAAUGAUAUAAAUGCCAUUGGGGCUUUCCAUGCUAUGAAGAAAGGUAUACUAACGUCCACUUCUGCUGGUAACAGCGGUCCAGAGUAUUAUACAAUAUCCAAAAAUGCGCCAUGGGCACUUUCUGUAGCAGCUACCACCAUUGACAGAAGGAUUCUUACCAGUGUUCGGUUGGGUGAUGGCACAGUUUAUCAGGGAGUUUCGGUUGAUAUAUUUGAUCCAAAUUACGAGAGCUAUCCAUUGAUUUAUGCUGGAAAUGCACCAAACAUCGUUGGUGGAUACAACAGUUCCAUAUCCCGGUUAUGCCAAGAAAAUUCCUUAGACAAGAAUUUGGUGAAAGGAAAAAUUGUUUUGUGUGAUGGUUUGCAAGAAUCUUCAUAUGUGGGAUUGGUUUCUGGAGCAGCUGGUAUUUUAUAUAGAAGUUUAGUGCCAAAAGAUGUCGCAUUUACAUAUGGAUGGUCAGUAGUUCACCUUCGCCACAUAGAUGGGGCUCGCAUACAUUCUUACAUAAGUCGAUCAAGUAAUCCCACUGCUACCAUAUUUAAGAGUCAUGAAGAUGAAGACUCAGAAGCCCCUUACAUAGCUCAAUUCUCAUCUAGAGGACCAAAUGCCAUAACUCCAAACAUUCUUAAGCCUGAUUUAGCUGCUCCAGGGGUUGACAUUUUAGCUGCGUGGUCUCCAAUUUCACCUGUUUUUAAUGUCAGAGGAGAUAUUGGAGUUGCAGAGUAUAGUAUAAUGUCUGGCACUUCAAUGGCAUGCCCUCAUGCCACUGCUGCAGCAGCUUAUAUCAAAUCAUUUCAUCCUAAUUGGUCCCCUGCUUCAAUCAAAUCAGCACUAAUGACCACUGCUACCCCAAUGAGUCCAUUACUAAAUCCUGAAGCUGAAUUUGCUUAUGGUGCUGGCCAGAUCAACCCUAUGAAGGCACUGAAUCCUGGGUUAGUUUAUGAUGCAAAUGAAAGUGAUUAUGUUAACUUUCUAUGCAGCCAAGGAUAUGAUACUAAAAACUUGCAAACUAUUACAAACGAUGAUAGUAGUUGUACACAACAACCUAAUGAUGGAAUGGGUUUGGAUCUUAAUCUGCCAUCUUUUGCUCUUUCCAUGUACACUUCAAUACCUUUUAGUAGCACUUUUCAUAGAACCGUUACCAAUGUCGGAGCAAACACAUCAAUAUACAAAGCUAGGCUAAAUGUACCUUCAUCUUCGUUAAAGUUGAAAGUAGAGCCAGACGUUAUGUCCUUCUCAUAUGUGGGUGAAAAGAAGUCCUUCACUCUUGUGAUUGAAGGGACACUUGAUGUGGAGACAGUUUCGUGUUCUUUGAUUUGGGACGAUGAAACUUUUCAAGUAAGGAGCCCUAUUGUUGUUUUUCCUUUGUUUACUUCAAAAGAAGAAUCUGAGGGAGAGUGAGAGAAUAAAUUUGAGUGGAUUAGAUGGUGAAAUGUGAGUUAUUUUUUUUAAAAGGAUUAGAGGAUGAAAGUGAGUAUUUAUAGGUAAAAUUUGUGAAAUUGUGUGAGUGAUUUGAA